AACCUGAGCUCCAUCCCCAAGUCUGUGUGGCUCACGUUCACUGGCCGUGCAAGGGACGUCAGGCUCGAGUCAGUGACGGUGUUCAAGACGCCGCCCGGGCACUGGCAGCGCAGCGUCAAGCACUGCAUCAUCCUGCACUUGGAGGAAAUUCAAGACUACACUCUCUCCUCGGUCAACCUCGACGACAGGAGGUCCUGCACGCCCCUCCCUGGCAUCUCGGCUGCCUCGACGGGGAGACGACGCCACGAAGAGCAGCGGAAUGUGCAGCAACACCACGUCCACCCUCGCGCUCUGACCAAUCGCGACUUGGCCGGAGCAACGCCGCGGGGGAGGAAGAGCGGCUCCAGGACAGGGAGGACAACGAUCGACGCCGACGUACCUACAACAACGACCACUCCAAGUGGAACGUCUAGCGCCGGCGCAAGGAGGACGAUGACGACCAAGACCACCAUGGGCGCGGUGACCGCGCUCGCCGCGCCCACGACGCACGCAAGCACGAGGGAGUGGGCUCCUACCGUGAGCGGGAGCGCUCGCCCAGGAGCAGGACGUACGGCAGCAGAAGCAGGAGUGGCGGACGACAGCACUAGGACAUCUUCACCAACGAGCGGCGCCAGCACCUCGGCUUCUUCAACUCUGGGAGCAGCGACGGCACCACGAAGGGCACGAAUGACAGGCCACCGCAGCCCGUCUCUCGGCCCCCUUCACGACAGAGCAGCAAUUAAAUUGCAAUUUCUGCUUGCUAAUCGCGCCUCCAACAUGAAGGAGGCGGCAAGAAACUACUUGUGCAGGAACGACGGUCCGGAGUUGCCCACCAUCUUCAACGACUACGGCACCAAAGCGGCGGCGCUAGCAACCAGAAUCGCCUUGCCUCAUGAGGGUGAUGAAGCCUAGUCCGGUGAUGAAGCUAACAGCGACCCGGCGAUGGUCAAGGCGGCAGCUGCUUUCGCGCGCAUCCUGAACGACAUCAACGACGCCAACAACAGGGAAGUCAUGGUCCAGGAAGUGGAUGCGGCGCUGCAGCAACUCCAGAUGCAGUCCGCCAACACCGCCGAUGGCCACAAGACGGUGGGGCCUGAGCACGGCAGCGGCGGGGAGCUGAUCCUUGACGGCAACCUGGAGACCAAUAGCGACAACAUUCAGGCUGCUCUGAUCCUCUUCAGGGGGCACAGGUUCUGGACGCCGGCACAGGCGGGGAAGCGGCCAUGGGCACCAACACCCAGCAAGGCGGCAUCCUCACCGGCAACAACGUCGUGCUUCACCAAGCCACACCAGCUGCUGCAAGAACUUUUCAGGGAAGACCAGGGGCCCACGGACCACAACCAUGAAUCAAGCAAGGACAGGAUCACAAGCCGCCACCCUCGACGCAUCUUCGACAUGUCCAUGCCCGUUGGGGCUGCACUGCAGGAAUUCUUGGCUAUGUUUCAGGGACCCCUCCCGCAAGACAUUAUUGCGGCGUCGACAGCGGCAUUCAACCUGGAAGACCUGGCGGCUCAGGAGCUGGAUGCAGCGAUGGCUGCGAUAGCAGGUGAAGCAAUUGAAGACAUACAAGCAGAAACUCUCCAGCUAGAAAAUUCACAGGCGCCGGAGACAGGAACCCCCCAGACGGCAAACUGAAGCCGUUCAUGUAUCACCUUAGAGCUUCUGCAACCUGCAUGUUAUCCAGUAGCAAACUUCUGUCAUUCAACAUCAGCACUUCCUGCUGGGUUGUAUGUUAAAGCCGAAACUGCUUUACGGCAA